AUGGAGGCUGCUUUGAUCUUCUUCCUGUUCAACAAGCUCGGCGGAAUCACAGUCGACCAAGUGCAAGCUCAGAGCAGAUGCUCUGAGCUCCUGCUGCAGUAUACAACUCCACCUUUAGAUCAGAUUCACGCUCGCAUAGAACGAAACGCCGCGAAGUUCAGGGUGAUACACUGCUUCCUUGAAAGAUCUAAUCGGUCGACUGAUGUUGCUGCUGCUUCUGAGGCUUGGAUCAAAGAGGUGAGAGUAGUAGCCUUUAAGAUGGAAGACAUCAUUGAUGAAUACCUCUAUCUAGUUGAAGAGCAACGUGGAAGAACAUGGAAGUAUUAUCUCUCAACACCAUCAAUCCUAAUUUGUGGCAGUCUUGGCAAGGCUUGGCAUGAUAUUGAUUCUAAGUUAGAAAACAUGGAGAAACAUCUUUCUGAACUUGAAAGCAUGAACAAUCUAUAUGGUUUAACAAUAAGUGGCAAUGAGGAUAGAGUGAAUUCAGAAAGCGACGACGCUCAUCAUUAUCGAGUUUGUGAUCCGAUGUUAAUUGAUGAGGACGAUGUAGUGGGGAUAGAAGAGCAUAAAUCUAAGUUGCUUUCGUGGUUGACUAAUGCUGAUACUUGCAGGAAGAUGACAGCAAUUGCAGUAUGGGGAAUGGGUGGCCUUGGGAAAACUACACUCGUCGCAAAUGUCUAUCGCCAUAGUACCGUGAAGAGUCACUUUGAUUGUCAGGUAUGGGUCACAGUCUCACAAACUUAUAGAGUGGAUGAACUCCUAAGAACAAUGGUCCAGGAAAUCUUCAAGGGAAAAAAGGAGUUUGCCCCAGAUGGUAUUACUACCAUGCCACGAUCACAGUUACUUGAAAGCAUCAGAGAAAGUUUGCAGCAAAAGAGGUACAUAGUCGUUUUGGAUGAUGUUUGGCGUGUAGACUUGUGGGAGAAAAUAAGCCAUGCAUUUGUUGAUUGCAACAAUGGAAGUAGACUUCUUGUUACUACUAGAUACCAUGAAGUAGCAAGGAUAGCAAAUGAAGUACAUAUGAUAAAGCUGCAACAACUUAAUGAAAAAGAUGCAUGGAUUUUGUUUUGCAAGAAGGCAUUCCGAAGAGAGAACAAUAAUGAUUGCCCACAAGAGCUUGAGGAUUACAGUAAUAGGAUUUUGAACAAGUGUCAAGGCUCACCGUUAGCUAUUACAGUAAUUGGCAGAUUAUUAUCAACCAAGGAAAAGAGUGAAAGUGGAUGGAAGGAAGUCUAUGAUUGUCUUCACUGGGAGUUUGAAAAAAACCCUUCGCUUGAUGCAUUGAAGAGCAUUCUUAACCUUAGCUUCAAUGAUUUGCCUUUCUAUUUAAAGAAUUGUUUUGUUUAUUGUAGCAUCUUCCCUGAAGAUUAUCUAAUAAAAAGGAAGAAACUAAUCCGAUUGUGGGUCGCCGAAGGAUUCAUGAAGAAAAACAACAAUAACAGAGUAAUGGAAGAGGAGGCUGAAUAUUAUCUUGCUCAACUUGUGGAUCGGUCCAUGCUUCAAGUGGUGGAGAGAAAUAAUUUUGGGAGGCUGAAGGCUUUCAGAAUGCACGAUGUUGUAAGAGAGGUAACACUUGAAAUAUCUAGAAAUGCAAAAUUUUGCAUGAUUCUUGAUGGUUCACAAUCAGUUUUGGACAAUCAAACUCGUCGCCUUUCCAUCCAAACAAAUGAUGAAUCCCUUGACUUAGAUAGAAGGAGCUUUUCACAACUUCGCUCUUUGCUUAUGUUCUCUACAUGCAAUUUUAGUUCAGAUUCCCUAAGAGCAGUUUUAAUUAGUUUCCAAAUGUUGAGGGUGUUGGAGCUGGAAGAUGCUCCAAUCUCCAACUUACCAAAUGAAGUUUCAGCCUUGUUUAACCUUCACUAUUUGGGGUUGAGGGAAACAGGAGUGCAACAACUUCCCAACAAUAUCCAAAAGCUCCAGAGUUUGCAAACACUUGACCUCCGUGAUUCCAAUAUAGUGAAGCUCCCACGUGGUGUGACACAAUUGAAGCAACUUCGUCACCUAUUUGUGACUGAAAUUGAAAUUGAGUUUGGGGGAUCAACUGUAGUUGGAUGUGUUCCAACUCUUGAAAGGGCAUGGCAGUGGAAGAACCUACAAACCUUGCGGUCAGUUAAAGCAAAUGAGAAACUUGUACAGCGAUUGGCAGAUAUGAAAGAGCUCCGAUCAUUAGCAGUUGAGGAGGUGGAACAUGCCCAUUGUCCUCAGCUUUGCACCUCAUUGGCUAUGAUGAGUAACCUUCGCUCCUUGUGGUUGUCAGCACGACGGAAUGAACAGCUCAACUUUGAAAUGUUAAAUUCUCCAACUCCUCCACUUCAGAAGUUGUAUUUGGAGGGGAGAUUAUUUGAAGGAAAAAUGCCUAGAUUUAUUUGUUCUUGUGCAGAUCUCACACGUGUGAGAUUGUUUGGAUCACUGCUAAUAGAAGAUCCACUUCCUUCACUCAGCCAAUUGCCUAAACUAGUGGAGUUAAGUUUGGGUUAUGCGUUUGACGAGCAAAAGCUGCACUUUAGAAAAGGUUGGUUCCUUAAUCUUAAGUCGCUUAGUUUGAAAGGAUUGAAUAAGUUAAAUAACAUUGUGAUAGAGAAAGGUACUUUAACAAAUCUACGUGAGCUAUUGAUUAGUGGACUUAGAGAAUUAAGGAUGAUCCCUCUUGGUAUCGAAUUUCUCACCAAUCUCCAAAGUCUGUCUCUGUUUGGCAUGCCUAAGGAGCUAGUGGGAAAAUUAAGAGAGGACGACGGCAACGAAGACCGACAAAAGAUUAGGCAUAUUCCAAAUGUUUUUUUUUAUUGA